GUCAUGUGAUGAUCAGCUGUGCUUUGUUUGGAUCAGGGAAACUCACAACAUCUGUAUUUCAGAUUAAACCCUGCAGUUUAAUCGUCGAGGGUCUCCAUCGUGUGCUGUUUGUUAUUGUGUGAUGCGCGACCAUCGGCGGCGGAAGCUCCUGAGCUGAUCUUCCUCUUCGUCUGCUGUCCAUCUUCAGGAUGCUGGGGGCUCUGAGCAGGAGCGAUGCUGGAGCUCAGGCGGUGCUGGAGGUGGAUCUGCUGGCGGAUGGAGAGCUGUGUGGGGGGCUGGAAGACUGGCGGAGGGUGAAGCUGAGCGCGGGCCCGUCGCUGCUGUGCUGCGUGAACGCGCAGGGGAAAACCAGUCUGAGGAACAUCAGUGACAGCGGGAGAGCCGAGCAUACACUACAGCACACAUGUGUAGAUUUCCUGUGGGAGGAUGUGUGUGUGAGCAGCGGUGCACGUGUGAAGCCUAAGCUGCUGCUGCUGGACUCUGCAUUUUCUCUGUGUGUGUAUGAUGUGGAUCAGGAGGAUCAGCCGGCGCUGGUGUGUGAAACUUCCUCUGAUACACUGCUGCAGGUCAUCAAACACACACACACCGACGUGUGUGCUGUGGCGUCUGUGAGGCUGUUGUGUUUCUCUGAGGGCCGAUGUGUGUUGCUGGUGAAUGCAUGUGUGUUGCUGAAGCUCAAACUGACGGAGGACACACUGGAGACCAUAUCCUGCUGCCGCCUCAAUGUGGAGUGUGUGGAGGAGUGUGUGGACUGCCGGCUCUGCAGAGGAGUGCUCUUCAUCCUGCUCAACAGCGGACUCGCAUAUGUGUUUGACAGCACUGACGGGCAGCUGUUGGCGAUGGUGGAUUUUCCCUCAUACUGCAGUAGAGCUGGUGUUUCUCCAUCCACGUCCUCCUUCUGUCUGCUCCAGGUCUCUGCUGAUCUCAGUACGGCUGUGAGCGUCACAAGGCAGAACCAGGCCUUCGCCGUACACCUCGACCAAUACUUCAGUGUGUAUCCCGGUCACCUAUACUGUCGUGCGGCCCCCAGUCGUCCGUUCCUCAGGCCUGUUGAAUCCUGGGAUCAGGACAGUCUCUCCAGCUCCACCCACAGUCUAUCAGUGCUGAAUAAACCCCUGCAGACCGACCGGUCCUGGGAGUCUCGUCUGUCUGCCCUCUACAAUCAAACUAAAGCUCCUGUUCGUCCAGUUCACAUUUCACCCUGGUAUAAAGACUUUCCUCACAUCGAAUGUCGUCGCGCAGCCACUACAGCUAAACUCUGCCAUUCCUCCGUGAAGACAGGGGGCGCUGUUACGUCUUUUAAUGUGCCUGAUGGAGCCACACCAACAGGACUCAACGUAUCUGAGUUUUCAGCACUAAUUACGUUCGUUUCUCCUGCUAACGCUAAUACGGUUCUGGCCUACUGGGAUCUGGAGAACGAAAGUGUUACGUAUCAUCGCGCGGAUGCUAAUGCUAUUCCUGUACAGAGAACAGCAGAGGAGAACCUGUGUCUAUUACUGAAGGCGUCGGGUCUGUCGGUGGUGCUGUUCUGCGUCUCUCAAGACGAGCUGCUCAACAGACUGAUGGUGUUCGGCAGCGCAGGAACUGUGGAUUCACUCUGUCAUCUGAACGCAUGGGGGCGCUGUUCAAUCCCUAUACACGCCUUGCAGGCGGGUCUGAAGAACCAUCAGCUGGACACAGUGGAUUUCUUCCUGAAGAGUAAAGAGAACAUCUUGAGUUCUUCAUCUGGCUUCAGUCCAGCAGAUCCUCCUCCAUCAUCCUCCAGCACACACACUCAUCUGAGGAGUAUCGAAGCUCUGUGUCCUGCUCUGGAUCUGCUGCGCUCUGCAAUUCGCGACACACACACUGAAGCUCAGAGUCAACAGUUCUGUGAGCAGCUCUUGAGCAUCACAAUGAGCUUCCUGAACACACAGACCAGAGUCCUGCUGAGCGGAGCGCAUGAUCUGGAUGAAAACCUGCAGCAGUGUGUGUGUGUUCUGGACGGCUUCAUCUCUGACCUGCGAGUGUUUUUGAAGAGGUUCCCCUGGUGUGUCGGAGGAGACACUCGGAUACACACUGACGCUCGCGCACACAUUGCAGCGUCCAGCCGAGAGGAGGAGCACCAGUGGCUCUCGCUGUCAGAUGAGGAGGUUGUUCAUCGCGCUGUCCUCAGCAGACGCAUCCCUCACGCUCAGGCUCUCCUGCGCAGCCGCGGCUCUGCUGAACACACACUGCAGGACAUCAGGAGGACUGGACUGAAACACACACACACCUGCCUCACCCUCCGAGACCUGCAGCAGGCCACAACACUGCUCACACACAUGGGCUUUAAUGUUAAAGAGCAGCUGCACAACAUCUGCGUUUACACAGCCGAUCGGGAUCUAAGGGCCUUCAUGGUGGAGGAGCUGCAGAAGCAGGAUCAUCUCUCCUCUGAAGAGCUGAAGCAGGUGAACUUCAUUCACACCAUUGAGAGUCUGUGCUCCAAACCUCCCAACAGGAGCUCCAAACGACUGGACGCCAACAGGGUGCUGCAGGUGAGCCGCUGUGACCCUCAGAGUCGGCGUCUGCUAGAGAAGCUCCUCCAGGACUCAGACUCGUCCUCCACGUCUCUGCUGGAUCCGCUGCGUCUGCACUGGGUCAAACACUGGGACAGAGACGCACAGAAGCACAUCCUACUGUCCCGCACGCACACACACACUCAAUGUUCAGGGGACGCGGCGGUGCUGUGGGCAUAUCUGACAUCUCUGCAUGACUCGGUCCGCUGCUCCGCAUGGCUGUCGUCAUCUUCUGUGUGUGAGCGAGAGCGCAGCGCUGCCCCCUGCUGGCCGCAGCUCACAGCACACGACCUGGACACCUGCACCCGCUGUGGAAAACACCUACGCAACCUCAUCCUGGACCAGCUCGCACGACAGGGGCAGUUUGUCCCGGCCGAGAUGCAGGACUUCCAGCAGCUGCUGUGGAGACUGGCUCAGGCUGGAGGAGUGAUGCAUGAUGGGAAGGAGCCUCCGCUUCCUCAGGCUGGAGGAGUGAUGCAUGAUGGGAAGGAGCUCUGCUGUUCACAGGAGCAGGAGUUUCACCAGCGCUUCAUCCUGCACUGUCUAGAGAACAACCUGCAGUUCCUGCUUUACACCUACCUGGAGCACUACAGGCUGACCCCAGAGAACUGUCCUCUCCUGAGCGACAGCAGUGUGUGUGAGAGUUUCCCCUGCUUCCAGAUGAUGCUGAAGCUGCAGAAGAUCACCACACACCUGACAGAGCCAGAGUGUGUGUUUGAGGCGAGUCUGGCGGCUGCGCAGGUUCUUCUUCUUCCCGGCAGUCAGGCGAGCAUCAGCAGUGUGUUACUGGAGGGACACAGCCUGCUCACACUCGCCACAGCCAUGUUCACAGCCGGUGGCAUACAGCAGGCGGUCAGUACAGUGGACCCUCAGCUCCUCAGGAUGGCUCUCCGUCAGUAUCCUCAACUGAAGACGGCGCUGUUCCCUCAGAGCGGCCCUCGCGGAGAUGUCUCGCUCUACCACCUGCUGCAGUCUCUACAUCCCCUGGACUCCUCCAGGCUCUUCGGAUGGCAGUCUGCCAACAGUGUGAUCAGCAGUGAAGCAUCCAGUGAGCCUCCUCAUUUCUCCAGCUCUCACCUCGUCAAUAGUUUCGCCAUCGUGGAGAAUCUGGAUUUCCUGUAUUUCCUGCGUCACGGACGGCCAGCUUUCGCUUACGCCGUUUACCUCACACAACACCUGAGAGACUGCAGUAACACGAAACUACAGUUGUCUAUGGCGGUGGAUCAGUCGUACUCAUUAGCUCUAUUGAACUUCAGCAGUGCGAGUGUGUCGUCAGCGUGUGUGUGUUUCUGUGAGCUCAUGGGUGUGUGUAGCCUCAAACUGAGGACGGAUCUGCGCACGCUAAACCUCAUUCUCAAACACUGGAGUCAGAGCUGUGAGGACGGAGACGCAGAAUCGCUGCGACACACUCUCGUUGAGAAGGCCAGUCAGCUGAUUAGCGUUGAGCAUCGCGCUGCUCAGGAUCUGCUCCUCCAUCUGGAAGCGGCCAUCAGAGACGCUCUGGAGAAGAAGACCAUCAGUCGCUGUUCAUUCGAGGCGGCGCAGGAAUGGGCACUUCCUGUCCAGUUCUGUCGUCUGCACACUCUUCCUCUAAGCUCCGCCUACCCGCUGGACUGCGCUCAUGACGGACAGUGGCUGCACUUCCUACUGUUCGUUCAGACACACAAGUACCCGCCCCAACAGGUCAGGUCUCUGUCUGAAAGCUUCAGUCCGGCUCUGAAGUCCCACAUUUCUCUGGCCUUCCAGGAUCUGCGUCCCCCAUUGGAGGAUCGGGGGGUCUCUGUGACUCCGUCCCCCCGAGACGAGAGCUCUGAUUGUCCCACAGAGCUGUUCCAGGUACUGUUACACAGUCAAGAGAAGCCCCGCCCCUGGAGGAUCCUGCUGUCGGAGGCUGUGCGGCGCUGCUGUGCUCCUCUGGCUGUCCUCGCUGCCUCACACCAGGGCUCCGAGCUGCUGCAGUGCCUCUGUGUGUGGAUCUUGACCUCGGUGGAUGAUGAUGAUGAUGUCACUCAGGAAGCCACCGCCCACAUCAACGAGAGCCCCGCCCACCACGUGUGGAACCUGCAUGACCUGUCCAUCCUCUGGAAGACCCUGCUGAACCGCAGCAAGAUCAGGCCUCUGAUUCGCGGAUUCCAGCUCUUUCAGAGGGAGUCUCCACUGAUUUCCAUGCUGCAGAUGUACGAGUUUUGCUUCGACUAUAAAGACUAUCAGCAAGCCAAAGACAAACUGCUGGAUUUUCAGAAGAGUCUGCUUAAUUUGCGUAGCAGCAGUGUAUUGUCCAGCUCAGAUGUUCUGCCGGUGCAGUGGGUCGAGUCUCAGGCUUCAGUGCUGCUCCUGACGCUCCUCAAGCAGAGCCGAACACAGUAUGAGCUCCGCCGGCUGCUGCAGCUGCUGCUGGACGUGGAGAAACUGCUCAAGUCCAACGGUCCAGAUUUCCGCCUGCUCAGUGAGCUCAGUCAGCUGCUGUGUGAGACGCCGGUGUGUGUGUCGUCACGUCUGCUGGACUGUUAUUCCCUCAGUGUCCUGCAGGAGGAGUGUUUGAGGAUCAUGGAGGAGCUGCAGGACGCCGGACUCUACAUGCAGGCGCGCAGAGUCGCAGAGCUGGCCGAGCUGCCCGUACACACACUCAUCAUCAACCAGCUUCUGCGGGAUCUAAGCGCUCAGAAACUGAAGCGUCAGUGGGAGCGUCAGGAGAUCCGAUUGGCCUUCUGGAAGAGGUCACAUGAUCAGCUGCAGACUGAGCACGUGCAGCCGGAGACCGCAUGCCACUUCUUCCUCUCGCAGGCCGAGGAGGCGCUGCAGUCAGACUCAGAGCUGGUGAGUCUCCAGGAAUGCUGUGUUCUGCUGGGUUUAGCAGGACUCUGGUUGUCCCGCUGUGAUCCUCCGGCAUCCACUCCGAUUUUAGCCGACCUGGAGAAGCGUCAGUGGGAAUGUCGGAUCCAGCAGCGACUCCUACUGGCGGAUCUAGAGCGCCAGAGUCUGUUCGCUCCGUCCGCACCCUCCGAAGACUCUCCGGAAAAUCUCCUGCGUGAUUUUUCCUUCUCCAGAAUGGCUGCUCUUAAUGACGAUGCUAAUCUGAGUCUUGACGGUCUGCCAGCAGAUUCGGAUUCCUGCAUUCUCCCUGAUGACCAGCAGAGGGCGCUGGCGGCUCUGAUUGCGCAGCUAUUGAACGAUGGCAGUGUGAACGAGGCUAGCCGCGUGUGUCGCUACUUCAGGUUUUUUCACAAAGAUGUGUGGCUAGUGUUGCGGUGCCGCGGGUUAGCAUGUGGCGAAUUGCAGCCUGAGCUUCACAGCCCGGACGGAGAGAGCCGCCGCAGUCUGCUGUCAUCUCCCAGUAUGAGCUCCCUGUCGUCGUUUGUGGUGGUGUCGUCUCCUGAUGAUCAGCUCCUGCAUCAGCUCCAGCUGCUGGUGGAUCAGUGCAGCCACGGCAAGAGUUACUGCAAACAAGUGCUGAGCCUCUACCAGCUCUCCAAGGAGCUGCAGUGCUCGUUCUCGGAGCUGUGGUCGUCUGAGCCGGAGUGUGUCCUGCAGAAGGUGCUUCUGUCUCGUCAGCCUGAGCGCUGUAAGAAAGCAGAGGCCUUCAUCAGUGCUCAGAGUCUGCAGCCGCACGCCGUCGCCAGCCUCAUCUCCACUGCGGUGCUAGAGGGACUGACCGCACACACACACGACACGGACACCAGUGAGCGUCUGAUGUUCAGUGCGUCGGACAGCAGAGAGUCGUUCCUCCAGCUCGCCAAACUGUGCGGAGACGCCAACCUGGUGGGAAACAAACUGCUGGACAGCAUCAGCGGCGUCCCACUGUCAGACCUCAGCUGCAUCGUGGAGCUGCUGAUUCUGGCUCAUGACUGCUUCAGCGUCACCUGUAAUCUGGAAGGGAUUGUUCGUGUUCUUCAGGCCUGCAGACACCUGAGCCACACACACCUGGCACACGGAGACGCACACGGCCUGCUGGUGCGUCUGCUCACAGGUAUUGGCAGGUAUAAUGACAUGACGUACGUCUUCGAUCUGCUGCACCAGAACCACCGCUUCGAGAUGCUGCUGCGCAAGAAAGUGGAGUCGAAUGUGCGUCUGAAGACUGCUCUGCUGGAUUAUAUCAAGCGUUGUCUGCCCGGCGACAGCGAGAAGCACAAUAUGGUGGCGCUGUGUUUCAGCAUGUGUCGAGAGAUCGGAGAAAACCAUGAGGCGGCGGCCAGAACACAACUCAAACUCAUUGAGUCUCAGCCCUGGGUGAUUACAGCAGAGCUGAAGAAAUCGUUAGUGAAGGUGCAGACGCUGCUCAAAGACGCCGCUGAGAGCUACUCAAAGGACUCGUGUGUCCGUCAGGCCGUGCGCUGUGUGAAGCUGGCGAAGCUGGUGACUCUGCAGCUGCACUUCCUGAAUCAGGGCCUGGAGCUGCGCAUCAUCAACCUGCAGCACACAGACCUGCAGAACACCUGCAACACACUGCCACACUGCUACCAGGUGUUCGUGUUAGCAGAGGCGUAUGACUUCAGUCCAGACUGGGCCGAGGUUCUAUAUCAGAAGGUCAUCAUGAAAGGAGACUUCAGUUACCUGGAGGAGUUCAAGAGGCACAGACCGCUAGCUGCUAGUCUCUUCCAGGACAUCUCAAACAAGGUGUGUCAUCAGAAGCCCCCGGCAAGCUGCAGUCAGCACCUGAAGAAGCUGCUGUCGCACUGCGAGGACGUCUACACGCAUUAUAAACUGGCCUACGAGCACCAGUUCCUGGACGUGGCCAACAUGCUGCUGCAGGACUCCAAGACCAACAGCUUCCUGAAGGACCGCCUCCGCACCUGACCAGCCAAUCACAGAGCAGCGACACAAGAGCUCAUCAAUAUGCUUGAGGACAGUCAUUUAUUAUUAAUGAGCAGUUAUUAUACACCAACAACGCAGUGUUCGGUGUUCAGAUAAUGCCUUAAUCAAGAGUUUCUAAUAUAUGUGUAAAAAUAUAAUUAAUAUACAGUAAAAUUGACUUUUUGAUGAUU